AUGAACAUAUAUAGCUGGCUAUUCUUGAGCCGGAGCAGAGCACAUAGCCGGAAGUCAAGCUUGCAAAAUUUGAUGUUAUAUAGGAGCUCAUUUCGCACCUGCCUACAGAGACCACAGGAAUUACAGAAUACUAGCCGGAAACACCAAGACGGUCCUUCUCAGCCGGGAUGGAAUGUCCAAGAAGAUGGUGAUCGGAUUGCGCCGAAUCUACGAGUAUGCAUCUCAGAGGCCAGCUAUAGGGAUAGCAGCGUUGGUAAUGACCCACGACCCAUAACGACCGGUCAGUGUUAG